UCCUAGGUCCUGACAGCACCAUCCGGCUGGAGGGAGUCGACACUGGCUGCUUGUUUUCUAAAUACAAGGGACUUUUGGAUAUUUUUUGUUUUUAUUCAUAUUUUCCUUUAAUGGAUUUAUGUGUGUGCUGCGUAGGGAGAUAGUGUGCGGAACAAGCUGAACACACGGGAUCCAAUGGGGAAAAUAAGUUGACUGUGCUGUCGGAAGAAUUUGUUUUCCUCGUUAUCCAGAAAAAAAUAUAGCUAAUUUUAUCAACAUGAUUCGGAUUUCUGGAGUCUGGGGUUGCGGGAAUUGUGACAUCUGAGGGAGGACAACGGUCCGUAGCCUAUUUCUACAAGACAUCGUAAACGGCAACAUUGUAUCACAUCUCGGUAGCGUUCUCGCUUUGCUUGGGUCUAUUUGUUCUUGCAGUCAGUCUACUGCUACAUAAUAUUGGAAUUGUUGUUAUAUGCGGAACAUUUGAAGUCUCCCAUACUGUUCUUGCAACGCCUACUACAAGUGGCUAUCAAGCAAACAACGGUAGCUCGACCUAAACCCGAAUAACUUCUGCAAACUGCAUGCAGCACAGGCGGUGGGAACAACGGCGGUGCUGGACCAGACAAUAUGGCAAACUUGAGUAAUGAAAGAUGAAUGCUGUGCUAUUUCCCAUGUGAUACAUAUCGGUUUCCCUUUUAAUAUCAAGAAGGGGAAAUUGACCGAGUUUCGUCAGUGGAGAGGGGGACGCCACUUCCAACAUGAGGGAGACCUAGGGCCGUGGAUAAUUUAUUUAUUGUGGGGGGUGCGGGUUCUUUUCUGUCGCAUUUUUUAUUUAAAAAUGUUAACAAAAUAUACUUCAUUUACAUUUUAAUUAUUGCAAUAGUUUAGUGGCCUAUCUGCUAUCGGUGCAUGCGGAAGAAAAUGUAAUUACGAGAAGUAGGUCAGAUCCGUGUAAUGAUAAAGCUUUCAGGGAGAGUGAGGUUGAUCUCAGAAUUAUAGCUGACAUGUUUAUUUAAUUCAAACCUUUUCAAGUUGGUUUUGUUGAUUGUAUGCAUCGGGUCACAACCAAUGACCAGUUAAACUCCAUCUGCCCAAUCCUAUAGCCUGCCUUCACCUGGGAUAUUAUUUUCGCGUAAAAUAAAAGGCGCAUUUUCACCUAUAUCCCUCCUUUCCUUUCUUUUUUAUUGUUAUUGAGUGAAUGGCUUUGUGCGGAACAACGGCUGCCAAUGCCGCAAAAAUGAUGGCUGCAUACAACGGUGGCGCCUCGGCAGUUGCUGCCCAUCACCCGCACCAUCACCACCAACUACCGCAUCUCCCACCUCCCCAUCUCCACCACCAUCACCACCCGGGCCAGCAUCACUUGCAACACCCCGGCUCUGCCGCCGCUGUCCACCCUGUACAACAACACGCUUCUACAGCAGCAGCUGCAGCGGCAGCCGCGGUAAUGCUGAACCCGAGCCAGCAACAACCAUACUUUCCCUCGCCAGCUCCUGGACAAGCCCCCGGCCCGGCAGCGGCAGCGGCACCUGCCCAAGUUCAAGCUGCGGCUGUCAAAGCUCACCACCACCAUCAUCAACACUCGCACCACUUACAGCCGCAGUUGGACAUAGAGCCCGACAGACCCAUCGGCUAUGGAGCUUUUGGGGUGGUCUGGUCAGUGACGGACCCCCGGGAUGGAAAGCGCGUCGCCCUCAAAAAGAUGCCCAACGUCUUCCAAAACCUCGUCUCCUGUAAGAGGGUCUUCCGCGAGCUGAAGAUGCUGUGCUUCUUCAAACAUGAUAAUGUGCUCUCGGCUCUCGACAUCCUACAGCCUCCACACAUCGACUACUUUGAGGAAAUCUAUGUGGUGACAGAACUGAUGCAGAGUGACCUCCAUAAGAUCAUCGUGUCACCUCAACCCCUCAGCUCAGAUCACGUCAAAGUGUUUCUCUAUCAGAUCCUCCGAGGACUGAAGUACCUGCACUCAGCUGGCAUCCUACAUCGAGACAUCAAACCUGGCAACCUCCUUGUCAACAGCAACUGUGUGCUUAAGAUCUGUGACUUUGGGCUGGCGCGGUUGGAGGAGCUGGACGAGUCUCGUCACAUGACUCAGGAGGUGGUGACACAGUAUUACCGUGCGCCAGAAAUCCUCAUGGGCAGCCACCAUUACUCCAACGCCAUCGACAUCUGGUCUGUAGGAUGCAUCUUUGCCGAGCUACUGGGCCGACGCAUCCUGUUCCAGGCACAAAGUCCCAUCCAGCAGCUGGAUCUGAUCACGGACCUGCUGGGCACUCCCUCUCUGGAGGCCAUGAGGACAGCGUGUGAGGGGGCCAGGGCCCACAUCCUCAGAGGACCACACAAACAGCCAUCCCUUCCUGUCCUGUACACCUUGUCCAGCCAGGCCACCCAUGAAGCUGUCCACCUCCUGUGCAGGAUGCUUGUAUUCGAUCCGUCGAAGCGGAUUUCAGCGAAGGAUGCCCUGGCCCACCCCUACCUGGACGAGGGCAGACUGAGGUACCACACCUGUAUGUGUAAGUGCUGCUACACCACCUCCUCUGGUCGCGUCUACACCAGCGACUUCGAGCCCGUCACCACACCCAAGUUCGACGAUGGCUUUGAGAAGAAUCUGACCUCCGUCAGACAGGUCAAAGAGAUCAUUCACCAGUUCAUCCUGGAGCAGCAGAAGGGGAACAGAGUGCCGCUCUGCAUCAACCCCCAGUCAGCUGCUUUCAAAAGCUUUAUCAGUUCCACUGUGGCCCAGCCCUCUGAGAUGCCCCCGUCCCCCCUGGUGUGGGAAUAGCUGCUGUCUGGGCCACGACCCUGCCCAUGGCCCGCGCUGGACUACUGAGGACAAGAAGAAGAAACCCCCACCCUGCGUAGCAUUUCACUGGAUUCUAGGACUAGCAAUGUCCAAUGUGUGUGUACUGUAAUACUAACUAUGAAGUUUUAAAAUGAACCCAACCAACCACUGCUGACUGGGUUAUGGAGGGACUUUUAGAGUGUGCUAUGUAUACAAGUGUAUACCCACACUGUUCUGUAGAUGCAAACCCACUAAUGAAUGCACACACACAUGUGCAUACAAACAUUGUGCAGAGGUGGCAUAAGGGCCACCCUCGUGGGCUUGAAAGUGUGUGUAAAGCCAGGGAUGAGACAGAGGUAGUAUGCUACAGAGAGUCCUCGUAGUCUCUGCCUGCAGUCCCAGAGGGCAACGCACAGCUCCCAUCCACUUCCAUACAUGCAUAGUCAUCACUUAUUUAUUAAAGGAGGGAGACGGGGUCCGGUAUGGGUGUUGUUUUUAAGUAUAGAACGAGAUUUAAGACUGUACCUACUCACGCUAGCUAAUCCCCCCCCCCCCCCCCAGAGAAAUCAUAGCUUUCAAUUAGAGAUAAAGCUUUUUAUUUAUUUGCAGUGUACUGUUAAACAGUAUAGUCAGAGGCUUUCAUUGUCUGUUUUUUUGUUACAUUUUUUUCUGCUCCAUUGCUGUUUGUUCUAUGCCUGCUGUCCCCCGGGUUAGAAGUCAGUAUUUGUGAAGAGAUGUGUGCUCUGCAUGCCACUUGGUUGCGAUACAUAUGGUGAGAACCCAUCACAUGGCACACCCACUCGCACACCUAACCCAAAUGUGGGCAUGUGGAAGUAUGGCACUGUGUCAGUAUUAGCUGGGUAAAAUGAGGUAACCCUGGAAUGUGGUUGCUUCAAAGAAUAGACUAUUAGUGCGAAGAGCCACUGAGCUGAAGUACUGUAGCAUGACGGGGGACAGAGAGGCAGUAGUUUAGGGUACAUAUUGAUAUUGUGGUAUUCUGCACAGGUUUUGUGCUACAGUAACAAGAAGGCCAUGUUGGGGUGCUACUUGGUCAUUACAUUUUCUCUCUGGAGACUCAGAGACCGAAUUCAAGUAAUCUGCUGUUAGACAUACUGUACCAUAUGAACAGGCAUGUUAAGAGUAUAAAGGAUACAGACAUUCACUGGUUCCCCUACCAUGUCUGCUGAAUCUAUAGUCCUACCAUACACUGUAUAUCCAUGUUCUGUCAAUACAUACCUAGUUGAAGACAGACAAGCAAAAUAAUAUGAAGAUCAGCCAAACCAAAAUAAUGAAAUUAUUCUAUAGAGAAAGCGAAACCAAGAUUUAAAAAAUAGAUGUUUGAUGAUACGAGGGGAUGUUGCCAUUCCUUGAAGACAUUCAUUAAUUUCCGUAGGGUUCCAACAAGAGGGGUGUGUGCGUGUUGCUUAUACGUGUGUCCUGUCACAUGCGAAUGAGAAAGUUUAACUAACUACAGUGAGUUGCUUUGGUGAGGGUUUGUCACCUUGACACCAUUCCCUUGAUAAAUAGAUAUAUUAGGUCUACUUUAAGCCUCACUCCCCAAAGCAAUGUUUCAUGUUAACCACACCUGCACCUACGCCAAUAAAAUAAACUCUCAGAAGAAAACAAUUUAAUAUAUUUUUUGAUUAUUCUUUUUUAGUUCUUUCAAUCAACAUUCUAUGGAAUGCUUUCUCAUGAUUCACAGAAUAUGAUAUGUAAAUACAUUUUAAAAAACGAAUAGAUUUCAAACUAAAUCUACAAUGGAGGGAAAAAAACAAAGAAAUGAAAACUCAAAACAAUACUGCUGUAUAGAAGGUGUAUUAGCCUGCACAUUUUUAGGGCUGUGCAUUUUAUUUUAUUUUUGAGACUUGCAUAUAAAUGUAUAUAUUUUAUUUGGUCUUUCAUUUGUUUUCCCCUGUACUAGAGUGUGUAGAAGACAAAAAUAAUCCAAAACAAAAAUUAUUCAGAAAACAAAUGAAAAAACACAUAACCAAUUAUGUUAAUUGUGUCUUGUGUGUACUGCAGAGCUGUGGAUAUAUUGAAGUAGAAGGCUUUUUCUUAUUAUUAUUAUUAUACUACUACUAUUAUUAUUAUUAUAUUAUUAUUUCUUUUACCUUAGAGAAACACUUUACUAUUGUGUUUAUAUGUAUAUAAAGGAAUCACAAUGUUGGUCUCUACCUCUUGAGCUCAAUUACUUAGUUUGUCUACCUCCACAAAUUUAUCAUUUCAUGUGGAGAAUUACAAAUCAAACUUGAAUGUCCCUUCCAGCUUUUAUAUUGAAAUAAAUAAAAAACGCGCAAGUUUCUUCUUCACUCAUUUGAAAAACAACUUAAAAAUCUGCCAGAGGUGGGAUCAUCCUAUCAUGUCAUUGUAUUAAAAGGCCCCAUCAAUAGCCAAGCAAUUACAGACUGUUAGUUGACAUUGAGUCAUAUAUUUGAUAGGCUAUGACCCCUCCCCCCCUGCCCCAUUUCCCUGUGUAAUAUGUAUGUGAAGAUGCUAGUAUCUUUUCUUCAAGAGAUUUUGUGUUGAAAUGAAGUACAAAAACCCACUGAUGCUAAUUUUAGAUGUGUACAAAAAAUAACGCAGACUAACUUGAACUCUGCAACUGAUAUUUGGGCAAAAUUUGGAUAGAUGUGCUGUCACACAUUUUAUAAGACAUUUGAAGUUUAUACUCAGAGGUAAUGUAAUUUGAAUACAAUUUACGAUAAAUAUAUCUAUAAAUCUCUGCUUACAUGGACCUUAAAGCCAAUGUGAAGUUGAGACCGGAAUUGACUCCUCGGAUGUGCUCACGUGUGUGUUGGGAAAAAUGGCUGGUUUCUAAAAGUGUAGAUUUGAAGUACAGUGGUGAAACUCAUUAAAUGUGACAUUUAAAGAACGUCAGUGCUGUGGCUUUUAUUCUUCUUCCUGCUUCAUUAUAGACCUAGACUGUCGCGUAGAGUAUGUAGAUCAUGUAUUACACAUCAUGUCUGAUGUCAUCCUGGUGUAAUGGGUGGUCCCGUGUGGCUCAGUUGGUAGAGCGUGGAGCUUGACUUACAAUUUACUGUAAAUCGCUCUGGAUAAGAGCAUCUGCUAAAUGACUCAAAUUUAAAAUUGUGUGAUUAUUUCAUGACUUUUACUGCCACCCAGUGGAGGACUAACAGUCUAAGCAUUUCCAAAAAAUGUGAGCACGUGAUAUACAAUCAAAUCGCAUUGCUUUCACAUUGGAUUUUACCAUGGUAUAUUCCACUGAGGGCAAGUGUACAGAAUCUCAAUUAUUGUUCAAAAGGUGCCCUAUGCAACAGGUCCAACGACAACAGCCCUUAAUGUUUAUGAUAUAUCUGUAACAGUAAAUUAAUACAAUUCCUUAAGAAAAAUAAAGAAUGUUGAACAUUG